AUGGACACCCUCUCCUCUCCCUCAGAUUCACCCAUCCACAUAGUCUGCCUCGAGACGAUGCACUGUCCCCUCCCCCCACUCACCCUCCCAACCCCUUACAAAAUCUCCGAAUACCGCGACACGCCCCUCUCCCUCAUCGCCCCGCGCCUCUCCACCGCCACAAUAGCAAUCACCACCGUAAUCCCCAUUACCCCGGCGAUAAUCUCCCAAUGCCCCUCCCUUCGCGUGAUCGCCAUCUGGGCCACCGGCACUGAAUGGCUCGACACGGCGUACUGUGCCUCCAGGGGUAUAUGGGUGAUCAAUUGUCCCGGGACGAAUAUUGAGGCGGUCAGUGAACAUGCGUUGGCGUUUUAUUUUGCGGCGAGGAGGAAGAUAGUGGAGUUGGAUACGGCUUUGAAGGUGAGGGAAGGGGGUGAGAGGAGGGGUGGGGAGUGGAUGGAAAAGGGAACGUUGACUACGCGGUGGGAUGAUGUAGGCGGUGCGCCGUUGAGCUGUGGGCAGGAGGUUGUGGGGAUUGUGGGGUACGGGAGGUUAGGGAGGAGGAUUGAGGCGUUGUGUCGGGGCGUGGGAAUGGGGAGAGUGGUUGUUGCGGGGCGGAAGGGGGUGACGGGGCUGGUUGAUGGGGAGGAAGAUGCUUCUACGAUUGACUUGAUUGGGGAGGAGGAGCUGAGGAGUAUGCGGAAAGAGGCUGUCAUUAUCAACGUGGCGAGGGGUGGGAUUGUGAACGAGGCGGCGCUGGCAAAGGCAUUGACAGGAAAAUGGAUUGCCGCCGCGGCUACGGAUGUGCUGGAAAAAGAGCCCGGUGGACGGGGGACGACGCCAUUGCUACCGUUGGACAGUGAAGUACCCAACCUGACCAUCACUCCUCACGUUGCCUGGUUUGCUGCACAGACCAUGAAGAAUCUUAAGGCGUUCCUGAAAGAAGGUAUUGAAGCAUGGGUAGCAGGCAAGCCGGUCAAUGUCGUGGUCCAGGGACGGUGA